UGUGUGUGUGUGUGUGUGUGCAUGUUUGGGGUUGGUAUAAAAGAAGAAGAAGGGCAGCCGCAUAACUUCCAGCACUGACUGAAAAACCAGCUGCGGGUUACUAAAGUUUUUUAAGGACCAUGGACAUGGACUCGAACUACACGGAUACGGACGACAGCUCCGAAGACUAUGACUUCACGCAGAUUUCUUUGAGGCCUGAGAUUCAGCCAAUCCAGAUAGUGGCUCUGGUCCUCUACGGCCUUGUGGUCCUGCUGGGUGUCCCUGGAAACGCGCUGGUGGUCUGGGUGACAGGGUUCUGCAUGAAGCGCUCUGUCACAUCCAUAUGGUUCCUCAACUUGGCGCUGGCUGACCUUCUGUGUUGCCUCUCCAUCCCUCUGCUCAUGGUCCCUCUGAUGCACGACGACCACUGGCACUUCGGACCGCUGGCCUGCACGCUUGUUAAAGGCCUGUUUUACCUGGUGAUGUACUGCAGCGUUCUGCAGCUGGUUCUGAUCAGCGUGGAUCGCUUGAUUCUGGUCAUCUGGCCCGUGUGGUGUCAGAACCGCAGGAGACCCAUAUACGCCGUCUAUGUGUGCGUCGCGCUGUGGUGCCUGGCGCUCAUAGGCAGCAUCCCGCAGUUUGUUUACGCGACGGAGAUCACGGCAGGUAAGCACAAGCGAGAGUGCGUCAUGGCGUACUCUAUAAGAGGUGCCUGGGCUGUGACGGCCGUUCGCUUCCUACUGGGAUUUUUCUUCCCGUUCCUGGUUAUCGUCGUUUGUCACUUGAUAGUGUACUGCAGCACGCAGAGGAGACUGUCGCGGGGUCGGGACCGCUCCACGCGCACCUUGAGGGUCAUCGUCGCCGUGGUGCUCAGCUUCUUCUUGUGCUGGCUCCCACUACACAUUAUGGACUUUGUUACACUCGUCACCCCUCGGAGUUCCCCGAACAGUCCAAAGGUUUAUGUGGCGCACGUUUUAGCGCUCUGCCUGGCGUAUUUCAACAGCUGCCUCAACCCUCUGCUCUACGUGUGUUUGGGCCGAGGCUUCAAGACCAGCAUGAACCGCUCCCUGCGCAACAUUCUCCACUUCAUCAGCGAGGACCCGACGACCAAGAUGCAAACCUCUAACACAGACACCAAGAGCACCACAUAUGGAAAGGAGAAUACACGUAUCUGAUGCUGUAUUGACGUUUUUAGAGUCAGUGCCAUUCUCGCGAUUUACGCACAAUGACCGAGCGCUCAAUUCUGAGUUAAAAUGAACAUUAUGACUCAAUUGCACGACGCGUGCAGUGCGUUAGCAAAAUGAAGUCAUUGGAAGUCUGACCACAUCCAUCAUCCCCUAAUUUAACUAUUGGCGAUCGCAGUGAAUAUGUAAGGAUGUCAAUAGGAUUGUACAGGAUUGCAAAUCAGGAACUAAUUUCUCAACCUACAGUGUUUCCGUUCUCGUUCACGUAUUGUGCAACAGCGUUCUUUAGGCUUCUGUUUUUUACUCACACACAGGGAUGACCUCGGCCUGUUCUUUUCUCUAUUUCUCUAUUUUUUGCUUUUAUAUUGAAAAAAAUGUUUAGACAUUUUUCUUUAAAAUCAAGAGCAGAAUAAUCACGUAAGUCCUGUUUCUUAAUUUUGUGACGAAAGAGGUACUGUAUGCCACCUUAAGCAUUCAUCAGUUUUUUAGACCACAAGAGGGAGACAAGCUCAAGGUCUCUGCUGUCCAAUGGCUUGAAGUUGUUAGGCUGAGAAACAUCAGUGACAGACAGAAACCUAAAGGCAGUUUUGAAGGUAGCAGUAACAUGAGCUUCAGUCAGAAAAAUGCAGUCCAGGAAAUGGUAACUAUUAACAUGUAACAUAUGAACUAGUGAUUUGAUUUUUUUUUACACCAUGUUAAUGAAAUAAUAGUUACAACUACUUGAGUGUACAUGAAUAUGAAAAGCAAUAAAAAAUGUGAUCAAGUACCAAAACUGAGA